CGGUGGACGUCCUGAGUCGUUUCGGGUUCUGGAAGGCCUACAGAGGGCGUGGAGGGUGGCGAUGGCCGGGGAAGGGCGAAUCACACUCGGCGUCGCGCGCAGCACAGGCGGAUGCAGCACAGAAUGGGACGUGAUAGUUUGAGCGCAGCUGGGUGCGGCAUGGCGUGGGUUGCGCCGGGCACGUCGUCGAGAGCGCGAGCGGUGGUGUUGCGGAGGGCGGUGUGCGCAGGAGGACGGACGGGACGGGCGCCGUCUGGCUCAGCAGGCGUUAGCAGCGUCAGAGAGGAAGCGGAUUGUCCUGGUCUGUCCCUCAGGGCGCGCGAGGGAGGCACCGCGUCCUGCAACGUGCAGAGGGAGGCUCAACAAUAUGGAUGGCGACUGCCGGGGGCGCAGGCGGGUGCGGUGGAGAGAGCCGCGUCGAGCAGGAGCAGGCGCAGGCCAGGCGCGGCUUCCACAACCAGGCCGUGGCCAGCCUCAGGGGGCAGGCGCGCGCUCACAGCUGCAGGCGCGCCCCGCGUCGCUGCCGUUGUCGUUGCCUGCGCGGCGACAGCGUUGCGUUCGGCGCGCGCAACGUCCUGGCAGGCCCCGCGGCGCACCCCUUCCACGCCCUCCACGGCGGCGUCGCAGCGGGCCGGGCGCGGCGGCUGCGGGCGGUGAGCGCUGGCCCGCGGUGCUGCGGUGCUGCGGUGCUGCGCUGUGCAGUCGCGCGUCGCCGGCCAUGCGUUCGA